CAUGGCUUGCACCUCCUGCUGCCGGACCUGCUGCAGCGUCCCCACCGGGCCGGCCACCACCAUCUGCUCUUCGGACAAAUGCUGCCGCUGCGGGGUCUGCCUGCCCAGCACCUGCCCCCACACUACUUGGCUCCUGGAGCCCACCUGCUGCGAUAACACCCCGCCCCCUUGCCACGUGCCUCAGCCCUGUGUGCCCACCUGCUUCCUCCUCAAUUCCUGCCUGCCCACCCCGGGCGUGGAGAGCAUCCCGCUGACCACUUGCAUCCAGCCUUGCCCCUGCGAACCCUGCCAGCCGAGCUGCUGCUGA